CCCCUCUACUACUAUUGUGUUUUAAAUGCGAGGCUGCAUGUGAAUGCUCAGGAUAGCAGGAGCUACGAGAGUACAUCUCAUGAUUUCGCUUCAUUCUACGAAAAGCUGUGAACCGCAAAAAGAACAUCUCUCGACACCUAAUUAAAGAGAUAAGCCAAUGGACGACGCCAAGUUCUACGCGAUUGCCCUGGAGGAGGCCCGCGAAGGCUUUGACGAAGGAGGCAUCCCAAUCGGAGCGGCGCUUGUGUCGAGCAACGGGAGGCUGCUUGGGCGCGGCCGGAAUCUUCGAGUGCAGCAAGGCUCCGCAAUCCACCACGGCGAGACGGCUGCCCUGGCGAACUCGGGCAGGCUGCCGGCAUCGGCGUACAAGGGCAGUACCAUGUACACAACUCUUUCGCCAUGUGAUAUGUGCACGGGAGCCUGCCUCUUGUACGGCAUCGGCCGGGUGGUCAUCGGCGAGAACAAGACGUUCCUCGGUGGAGAGGCCUACCUGAAGCAGCGGGGGGUCGAGGUGGUGGUCCUAGACGACGCGGAAAGCAGGGGCCUCAUGGAGAGCUUCAUCGAAAAGCACCCAGAGCUAUGGAACGAGGACAUUGGAGUCGAGAAGCGAGUCUACACAAAGGAGUGAUGACCGCACGAGGUGGUCCCUAUUGUGGUAGAAGGGGAGGAGAUGGGGGUUGCCUCUGAGCCGCCCAUUGUAUAGUGUUUUUUGGUGCGUUUGCUUUCUGCUUCUUCUGUAAUGCCUGGUAGUCUCGACAGCCAAUGCAGGACCUUGGACAAUACUGGUGGCAACCCGACAGAUCCCAAGCCGCCUGCAUACCACCCUGCCUGC